GGUAUGAUACUGUAUGGUUUGGACAAUGAGGUUUUGCAGUGCGAGUACAGUACUCCUGUCCCAAGAGCUGCCGCUGUGGCGAAGACCGGUGAUACGGUAUCAUAUCAUACAAAUAACCCCACCCGAGCCGGGUAACCCUAUGAUCCCCUCUCCCCUUCACCUGUAGGCCAACUUGCGGGCCAACUGGGAAAAAGAAAAGAGCCUCCCACUACAGGAAUUGGUUGUCAUUUCUGUCCUACUCCCGACUUUCCUUCAAACCUUUUUUUUUUCAUCCCCCCUUCCUCUGGGCAAUUGCCUCCCGUCGAUAAACUCCGGGUAUCAUCAAUCUUUAGGGCUCAAUUUAAAGGUCGUAAUGUAUCCUUUACGACGAGCGUCAUUCGCAGCGGCAGUGGCGGCAAGCCGGUACUCGACUUCGGCUUUUCGAAUUGGUGGGAACCAACGAAUACUUCGGGAUCUGCUACGUUCGUCUGGGGGGGGCAGUUUGGCACGGUUUGGUAUUCUUCGGAGUGGAUUUUCCACUUUGCGGCCGCUGUGUGAGAAAGUGGAGACGUCUACCAAUAACGACAACAGUGGGGAAGGAGCAAAGGCUUCUUCCUCCUCCGGUGCAGAAGAGGAGAAAGAGAAAGAGACGGAAGGACAAGAAGAGGAACAAAAAAAAGAACCUCCCCCACCGCCUCCCCCACACGGUGAUAAAUCUCCUUUGACGGUAUUCUACGAAACCCUUCAAUCCGAAUUCAAGAAGUCCCAAGAAUGGCAGGAAUCGACAAAGCAACUCGCCUCCAGCGCCCAGCAGUUCACUGAAUCACCUGCGGUGAAGAAGGCUCGGGAAGCGUACGGCACCACCGCACAAGUUGCUGAAAAGGUUGGUGGGAAGGCCGCCGAGACCCUGGGCAAGACUGCCUCGGCAGUUGGUAAGGGUGCGGUAUGGACUUGGGAGACUCCUGUGGUUAAGGUUGGCCGAGCGGCCGUACGGAAAACGGGAGAGGGCGUAGCGACCAUAACUAAGCCGGUACGGGAGACGAAGGUGUAUAAGGACGUGGUUGGGAACGUCAAGGAGGUGAUUGACGACGGGAGUAGCAGCCGGUACGGUGGAUAUCUGGAGCGGGAGGAGCGUAAGCGGCAGAGAUUGUUAAGGGAGAACAAAGGCGGUGUUAAAACCGAGAAACUUGAAGAGAAUCCAAAGUACCAUCCUCCACCUUCCUCCCUUAUCCGGGGGCCUCCAGCUAAUGUCGCCCCAGCGCGGGAACAAACGUGACCCUACACAAGGACUCUGCGUGGAAAGAAUCCUGGCGAACUUUCCGCGAUAGCAACAAACUCAUGCAAUCUCUCUUCACCAUGCGCAAGUCCUAUGAGGAAUCCAACAACCCAGUAAUAUCCGUAACCCGCUCAAUCGCUGACCGCUUCGCCGGCUUCUUCGCUGAGAACGAAACUGCCCUCGUAAUCCGCAAAUUCCGAGAAAUGGACCCAAACUUCCAGGUCGAGCCCUUUCUGUGCGAGCUGCGCGAGUAUAUAUUGCCCGAAGUGCUCGACGCUUACUGUAAGGGGGACACAGAUGUACUUAAAGCUUGGCUGAGCGCGGCGCAGUAUAACGUCUACGCGGCGUUGAACCAACAGUACACUACCAAUGGACUUAAGCUCGAUGGGAGAGUCCUGGACAUCAGGAAUGUGGAUAUCCUCUCCGCGAGGAUCCUUGAGCCGGGUGGGAUACCGGUUUUUAUUAUUACCUGUAGGACGCAGGAGGUGCACGUUUAUCGAGACUUGAAGACGGGCGAGUUGAAGGCGGGCAUGGAAGAUAAGGUACAGCAGGUCACGUACGCUGUCGGGAUCACCAGACUACCAGAUGAAGUGGCGAAUCAGGAGACGAACGGGUGGAGGCUUAUUGAGGUGCAGAAGAGUGCUAGGGAUUUCAUUUGAUCGUCUUGGCUAUGGUGGUUAUGUUUUCUUUUUUCCCUUUGCUACGCUACAUGUACUUGGUUUGACUUUUGCUUCUAUGUAUGUGUGUCCUUUUUAGAUAAUGGGCCUUGGAGUUAUUUUCGGGUUUUCAUUCUUCCCUCCCCUCAUUUCUCAUUACACGCUUGCCUCUUGGCUCUCUUCCUCGAAAUCUUAUCCCAUUUCUCUUGUAGGUUUUCACAAAAGUUCUAACCAAAACUCUUUCUUCUUUCUUCUUUCCCCCCCUCUUUUGUAAAUUUUUCCUUAGAUAUUUAAGACGACGCCACUCUUCACUUCACUUAUAUUUCUUUUUAUGUUGCUUGAGCCUGUAUAUUCAGCGGUCUGGAGGAGGAGGUGGUGGGCGGGUGUUUGUGUAUACUAAGGUAUUUGAAGUUUAUCUGGAG